UAAUCGAUCCCAUUUGGGCGGGGGCCUUCGGAAUCCACGAAACAGGUGGAGUGCCGUGAAGUGGGUGCACCGUGGCUCGGGAAAAUCGAUUUGCCAAAGAGCUCUGAAUUCGUGUGUCAGUGUUAUUAGGUCAUGCAUUUUUGCCAUCAAUGGAUGGUUUAUUUUUUCUUUUCCCUAAGACCGUUUUAGAAUGCUUGGAAAGCGGAGAGGUAGGGGAAGAAGAAUUUGGAAACCAGCUACCGGGGAGGCAUUUCGUCAUAUUACAUCCGUAAUGCGGAUGUUUUUUUGGAAAGUAUCUUCAAGGCAAAUUUUACGGUACCGCAAAUGUUGCGUGAACUUCCGGAUAGGAUGUUUUUCUAAAAAUAAUUUUGCUUAUGUCCUCUACAAUUAAUUUACUAAACAUUCAAAAACUCAAUUUUACGUUAAUCAUAAGAAACAAACAUCGGCUGAUUUACAUUUUCGGAACGCGUUAACCUGCUAUAGCUAAUCGGUACAAACAUUUGGUCUGUUAAAAUGAAGCGUAGAAGCAAAUGUAAACAAAACUAUUCGACAAAUUUCAGGCAAUGAUUUGGAGUAGCCAUCGUCCACCACCGGAGGACUGCUACCGGUUGGAUCCCAACAAAUCUAUCCGGGAGAAUGCCCAGGAAAUCUACACGGUCCUAAGCCAAAAGGCGACAAACGAAAACAAGCGCCUCAGUCUGUUGAACGGGCUGGUCAAGCUGAUCGAACGAUGGAAGAAGGAAAACGCGCUCGGUAGCUGUUCGCUACUAGUUGGAAGUCCGCAGCGAAAGUUAAUCCAACAACGGGACUGUUCCCUGCGUUUCUCCGUGGAAGAGUGGGUGUAUUGUAUAAGCGCCUGUCUAGUGCAUCAGUUCACACAGAUUCGGGCCGGUGCUUUGAGAGCCAUCCGGCAUUUGCUCAUGUCUCCGGGAGAUGUGAGAGCACUGAACGAGCUACAGGUGGGCCAUCUUAUCAGUCGAAGUUUGGAUGUUCUCUUGAAGAACGAGGAAGAACGUGUUCAGGCGUUGAAACUUAUCAGAAAGCAGUUGGUGAUUGCUCCCGAACUUGUCUGUCCUGCUGUUGUCAGAUGCUUAGUAUCCCUGGGGGAAAGUGGAGCUGAAGAUCGGACCGUCCGGGCUGAUCGUGAGGAUCGUAUGUUGAGAGCUUGCUUGGCUACUCUUUGCGAGUUUGGAGUUUUGAACCCAAAGCUGCUGAUUGUGUGCGGCGGAGUCAGCGUCAUCACUAGAAAUGUAUUAGAAUGUCAUAGUCCUCGAAUUGCAGAAAGUUUGUGCGGUGUACUGUUGCACAUAUUGGAGUGGCCGAAAACUCGUCAAAUAGCUGGUGUACGGUUAGACUGCCUAGGUGCUCCUUACUGUGAUUUUACUUACAGACUUGGAAUAAUGGACAAAAACAAAGAUGCUCGUGAUCUUCGGUUUACUUGUAGUCGAUUGGCAUUGUUAGCCGUACUUCGCAGCUGGACUGGUACGAUUGAGUUCUGUAACCCGUCGAAGCCCUCUGGCCUGAAAGCUAUUAUCGAUAUUUUAUAUUUGAAUCAGCUGGAAAUCCGCAAAGCGGUGUUAGAUUUACUAUACGAAUUGCUUGGCUUGCCACAGCCCGUCUGGACUGACGAGUAUUCGGUAGCACUUUCGGUUGUAGAUCCAGCAGAAUACCAGGACUCGUGGCGUCUCAGUGAAGGCUUCGUUGCAGCCGAAGGAAUUGCAGUACUACCCUCGCUAGCUAGUCGUGUGCCAAAUAUUUCAGACAUACACCUCGCGUUACUUUUGUAUUGUUUUAUUGAAAACGGACUGCUUAAUGCAUUGGUCGAAGUAAUUAUAUCUAGUGAUACCUUUAUCUCGGUACGGGCAACGAUUUUGCUUGGUAAGAUACUUCAUCAGAUGCACUUGCUGCUUCCGGCGGAAAUUUGCAAUGCGACACCAUCGGCAACGCUACCUACCCUAAUCGCCAAAGCAACCGAAGGAAACCAUCAGGCAAAAGCAGCCAUUGCCGCCCUCCAACAGUUUCACCAAAUGCUCCAGAACCGGCCGGCCUCCUGCUCGCUUUAUCUGGACAGUAUUAUACAACGCGGAGAGCUCAUAAAUACUCGCAUGUUCAAACGAGAACUUUUUUCACAAGAAGCAGUUCCACUGCCGGCAACCAAAUACGGAACUUUGGAUAGUGUUGGAGGGCUUAGCGCCAAGCGAACCAGACAUGAUUCGGUUGGCUCGACCGGAAGCUCCAGUGGUGGAGGUGGUGUAAGCGGACGGUUGAGUUACCUUUUUACCGGAAGUCUUCCAAAUGGCACUUCAUUUGACGAUAGUAUUUUAAGCAGUUCUUCCAAAUCUGGCGGAAGUAAGCAAUCUAGGCUGAAUCGUGCUCGCUUUCUAAAUUUUUUCGACAAUCUCAAGGAGAACGAGCGUUUGAUAAAGGAUUCAAACGUACUCGCCAAUAAAGAUGCCAGCAUGUGGGACUGGGAUAUCGUGAUCACAAUUUUCCGUUCAAAUAGCCUCGCCAACAAAUUGGAUGAUCAGAAUACGCGAUUUGUGAAACGACUCAUUGAUUACUUCAAACCAAGCAAUAACCGUUUUUCACAUCAAGAUUUAACAGGCAACAAUCGUCAGCUUCCUCCUUACGUAACCGCUGGCUUGGAACUGCUGGAUUGGAUGCAGCAAUGCCAAGAGUUGGAAUACAUUCGGAUUCUCACCGACUUGUUCACCGAUAUCAGCCAUCAGCUGAUGGCUAUCCAUGCAAAAAAGUCUGCACACGAAUGUUUGUUCAGUCCGCAGCACAUGACUAGCACGAUGUGUCAGCAAUACUUCUUGUUCAUUGGCCGGAUGUGUCGAACGGAAAAGGGCAUGAGCGUGCUAACCAAUACGGAUGUUUUCAAAGAAUUGACAACUAUUGUAACGAAAACCAACCACAUCUGUUAUGUUAAGCUGAUUGUAUCCGGCUUGGAUUACACCUUGGGCGGUCAACCACGUACGAUUCUGAAGCGUGCUCUACUCAAACAUCCCUCCGCUAAAGCUCGUCUGUAUGCUACGCAGUUUCUGAGGGUUUUGCUCCGAGCUCGGAUACCAAAUUUUGAAGUUUGGGGCAUACCUUUGCUGCUUGAUUUGGUUGAUGAGAAUCAGGCGCGAUGUGUUCAGUUGGCUGCAUUGGAAAUUCUAGAAGAGGCGUGCUACGAACGAGUCUACCUAGAAGAGUUGGUAAACGUUUGGCCCAAUUUGGCUCGUGUUGGUGAUUACGGAAAACUAGUUAUGAUGAAGUUCUACUCGAUACCUCGUGGCUUGAAUCAUCCGAAGGCCAAGAUUCGCGAAGAAAUUGAUUUGUGGGUUGAUAGCUACAAUCAUAGAUAUGUGCUCAUGAUUGAAGCGGAUAUCCACGCUCACUUAACUCAGCAUACUAAAACCGAAGAUGGAACGUAUAGUCGACGUGCUUGUGCUCAACAAACAGGCAUACCUACACCAAAUAUGCUUCCCCAUCUUUACGGCCAGUUGGUACAAACCCAACAAGGUAUGUCCAACAUACAAACUCAUGGAGGCAUUAAGGAGCUGAUUGAAGUGAUUCUGCGGAGCAAAAUGGAUGACGAACAUGAUGUGCUCAACCUCAAAGCUGCACUUUGGGCUUUAGGCCAUUUUAGUACCAGCAAAGACGGGGCAUUUUAUCUAAGUCAAUCGCCUGCAAGAGUGUACGAGAAAUUAGUGGAAUUGGCCAAAUUUGCAGAAGUCUAUUCGGUGCGGUCAACCGCAUUGAAUUGCCUGUGUCUUGUAGCAACCACCAGCUUCGGAGCGGACAUUCUUCAAAAGUACAAUUGGAUAGCGGUACGGCACGACAGAAACACCCUGUGGCCCGUUUAUGAGCCUGAGAUGUGGCUUCCAAAGCCCUUCAAUACCCCAAGUCGGCAUAAUUACGAUUUUGCUCCGUAUAAUUAUACCUCUCUCGCGGCCGAUAAUUCCUGCUUACUGGAAUCCGGUGGCCUCGGAGAUGAUCAGCAGCUGCUACUUUCCCGGCUUGAAAGUACAUCCGUUGGAGAGGACCAAAGUGAUUGUGCCAACGGUUCCAAUAAAGCAUCACGUUCUAGGACGUUGCCAGAAAGCGUUUUGGCAGCUAGCAGGGCUCCGGGAGGUUUUCAUAAACACAAAAGAUCCCUCUCCGAAUCGAAAACGGCUGAUGGGAUAAGUUCUUUGGUGCACUCCUCUUCAAACACAGGCAAUUGUAACCAGCCAAAUCCAGCAUCAUCCAGUGCCUACCAGAGUACUUCAAGAACACGUUACAAUUCCGGAACGGAUUCAAAUACUUCCGGAGUCAGCAGCUACGAAUCGAUUUUCGGCAGCCGCUUCCAUGCGGACUUUAUGCCACAAAAUCAGCUCUCGCCGAUUCCUAGCAGUUCUAAUUUGAUAGAUCUGAAAAAGAGUUCAACCGCAAACGAGGAACGCCAUCGUAGGAUGUCGCUGACGGGCUUACCGUUGAAGGAAACCAACGUCAUGUCAGUGCAGGAUGCCUACGGCUACCAAACGAUGCGAAUACUUCGCCGACGCUGUCGACCGAUGCUAUCGGAAUCGGCGGCCGAAGAGUUGGCUGAAAUUAUAGAUGAUGCAAUGUCAAGCGUAAAAUCGUAUUCCUCAACAUCGACCAUUUCCUUCCAGUUUCGGCUGCGUACGUCUAAGUCGGAACAACAACGUAAACUAAAAGUGCGGAGCUUGGAUCGUACCAGCAGCUUCAACGCCGUUAUGGGGUAUGAUGAUUUUCGACAAAGUCUGCGAAUAAAGCAUCGGAAAGCUGAAGCUGAAGCUGAUUUCAGGGGGCCAUGUUAUGCAGGAAUCUGUCUGCCGCGCAAUAUACUGGACUUGUUUCCCAGGGAGGAAUCCAGUGGAACGUAUGUGUCCAACUUUACCAUCAAUGAACUGGAAGCUAGCAGUGACGAAGGGUUGAAAGGGGUAAUUCCUAUUGUAGACCGAGAAUCGGCCGAUUCAAUCAAACUGCUACGAUUCAACUCCUUAGACGGUAACAACCAUAGUCAUGCCAGAGAGGAAUGUCUCCAAUGCUGUCGGCAGCGUAGGAAUAAAUCCACAUUUUCUUCCGGAGGCAAUAGUAGCGGAACCAGUCGUAGCGAUUGUUUCAAUUCAUCGGAAAGUUCUUUCAGUAGUGACGAAAACGAUCGGAUCAAAAGUAGUAUCUUGAGGCACGUGCAACGGAUGGCUAAUCCGGUGUGGUGCAAACAAAGCCGAACGCAGUUGUUGGACCUGAAACAGAAACAUGCGAGUGCCUUUCAAGAUAUCUGUCUUUACUCAGACGUUUGUCAGCAGCUUGGCCGGAAUACCUAUCGGUUAGGAUCCCGAAGAUUUCUGCAGGAACUGUUUCUUGAUUUAGAUUUUGAAAGUUUUUAUCAAGAACCAUCGGAAAUAUCAAACUCUAAAAGUGCACAAUUUUUCGAAUCGCCCAGUAGGUACGGAUUGGCAAAAGUUGAAGUUGAAGGCGAUAAGGUAACAACAGUGAACUCAACAAAAAUAUCGACCAAAAAGAAAUCUCUAGGUGAAAGCAAUAGUGACCGGGGGAAGCCAAAAACUGUUAAAGAAAAUAAAAAGCAAUCUAGUUCAGUUGAUGAGAACCGCAAUAAUCGGACGCCUUUAUCCAGUGGGAAUAAUGCAAAUAAUAACGUUGUUAGUGGUGAUAGUAAUAGUAAUAUCGGUCUAGCGGUCAGCUCCUUGAAGAGUUCAUCGACUCUUGACUACAAUCCUGUGAUCAGCAGCAGUGCUGUGCUGGGUGCAAAGCAGCAUCAAAUACGAUCGCCCCCGUUGGCCAGUUUGUAUGAAACGAGUGUCGAGAACAUUGCCGAGAUGAGUUCCACCCCAAAGAAUCGGAGCCCUCAGAUAACCAGUCUGCGAGUGCAGACAACCUUGGGACAGAUGGACAAGCAAGAGAAAAUACUUAAUCGUCAUUCGACUGGGACCGACGUGCCGGACGGUGUUUCCUCCACAAUUCGCGCCCGUGAUCCCAACGAUGACGAUGAUCCAUCUUCAGUAUCAUCCGCUUCGGGAACGACCAGCUCGACAACAACCGCGCAAAAUCAAAACACCAAAUAUAAAGCACGACCUCGUUUCAACACUCUGGAGUUGGACCUCAGUUGUACCAAAAAUAAGUUUCCCAUUCGUCGGAAAGGCGGCGAUUCACCCGUCACUCCGACUACGACACCAACCGGAGGAGUGAUUACCACAUUUGGAGUUACCAUUUUCGCCGCGGUAUCUUCGACCAGUAGCAGCGCGGUAACGAGCCCAACAAGUCCCGACAAACCGCUAUUCUGUGAGCAGCGUUUGCAGCAGUUGGAAAUUCAACUGAAGGGUUCCAAAUCAGAAGCAGCUCUUAUGACCAAAAAGUGAUUCAUUUGUAUAUUUGUGUUCCUGAGUGUGUCUGCGAAAAUGGGUAGAUAUUUAGGGUAUUAUUUAUGAUUACUGGCUGAUUUUGUGGCAGAAUUAUGAAUGAUUGUAAUUUUCUUUUUUUAUGACAAUCAUCUAUUGUUUUAUACCUUUUCGACUUUUGUCGGACUUAUCACGUUUAUUUAUAAAUCAUAUUUAUUGUCUUCUCAAACAUACAGUCUUGGAAAUAUUGCUUGAAAGUUCAGUACCGUUUUAUUGCGCAAAGUAUCGAAAUCUAAGUACAGUUCCUCUAAUUAAACCACCACAAUAAAUUUUAAAUCUUAAUUUUAUCUUUUACUCAUCUUAACUUUAACAAAAACUCGAGUUAAAAAAGGUACGCAAUGGCCGAAGAAAAAAAGGAAUAAACUGUAUUUUGUAAUCGAAUUCGAUAAAUUCAAACCGGAAAUGCGCAAAGCAACUGAAAUUAGAAGUUCGAAUGGGUUUGUAAGAUUCUUAAAAGAAAAAAAAACUUUUCGAUAAAUUCGUUAAUAGUGAAAACAAAAUGAUGAUAGCAUGUUCAUGGCAUGAAAACUAAAUUCUUGUCAAUCUUAGACCGUUAUCUGUGAGAUUUUCACUCGGGUAAAUACGUUGAUUGUAUCUUGAAUGAGGCUGUCCCAAACCAAAAUUUGAGAGGCCCUCAAAUCAAUUUGCUUUCACCGGAUUAUCCUUUGCUCUUGGACGUCUCAAGUUCCUAUCAUUGUUUUCAAUUUUGUGAAACUUAUUCAUCAGAAAUAUACAUCUUUCAAGAUAGAAGGUAUAAAUGAGAAACAAGAUUUUUUCUGUGCGUGAAAAAUGUGUGUGGUUGUUAUAUAACUUUCUGUAGUCGGUUUCUGUAAAUAAAACGGUUAGAUAUGUUAAGGUGUAGAUAUCGUCUAAAGAAUUUGAAAAGUUUAAACUACCUAUACUUAGCUAUUUGUUUGAAUGAAUAGGAUUACGCAAUACUUAGCUAUAGAAUUAUAUCGCAGCGAGAGUCUACUACCUUGUAUUACAAUCGGAGCCAAUCCGAGAGUGAGAACUGAAUGAUAAUCACACAUUGUAAUCGAUGUUGUGCUGUUCGGUGGUUACAGUAAUCUUCCUGUUUUUCUGUUUCAUGCAAAAGUUCUGCUCAGCCCGUUUUUAAUUUCAAUGAAUCAACUUACAAAUUAGAAAUGGUAUCUUUAGCUUGUUUGUAAAUUGUAUUAUAACGAAUUUAUUUUUCAAGGUGGAAUACCGAAUCCAAAAAUACAUAGAACAACAUUUAGAUAUCAAUUUGCAUUGAAAAAUAAAGAGCUAAU